UUUGAGUAGAACUUAACACAUAACUUGAAUAUGAAUAAUAAUUAAUAAUAUAAUAAAAUAUAAUAGUUAUUAUUAUUAUUUAAAAGAUCUAUGACCAUCCACGUUGGACCCAAGACGUCGUAGGCUUGGCAUUCAAUCAAUAAUUUCAUUUGAAUUCAAAGUUGCUUCAACAAGUAAUCAAAUUCUUUGUUGAUGAGCAGUAGCAGCGUCCAGACUCACCAUUUUACUUUUUAAUUUUAAGGUAAUUACUACAUUAGUAAUUAGACUUAGACAUUAGUUACAGUUAAGUGAAGUUAAGUCCAUAGUAUAGACAUAGGCCUAGGCACUAAAUAUUUAAAUAUCACUAUAAUAUACUACAGUACAUUUAUAUAAUUAUGCGUCAUCCUUUUUGAGAUGAUGGAGUGGCUAUUGAUCAUUGACACUUCAUCAAAAGGUUUAUGAUUAUGACUUUAUUAGGUAGUUCGGUAAGAUCCGGGAAGUGCCGAAAACCGGGUAUUGUGAUUUUGUUGUCAAAAUGCGACCUCCACUUUUUAAGUAACAGAGAGUCACGUUGUUUACGACUUUUUAACUAUUUAUAGCCCAGCAUGUAAAUUUUAUUUCCACCCACAACUUAGAGUAGACAUGUUGUCUUGAGUCCCCCAAAAAAUUUUGUGGGCCUCACUUUGAAAAUUGAAGGUAAAAUAAAGCAAUUUUUACUCAUUCAUAUUUUUUAUGUGGAACGGAGCGUUUCUUUGAAUUUCAGGGACUUUCUUAAUAAUGGCAUUAACUACAACAUAUCCAAGACAUGCUAAUUUAGGCUCAUCAGUUUGGUCAUAAAUUUACUGUGAAAUUUUAAUCACGUGUGUCCCAAAAUUACCUAUUAUCGUUAAUAUUCGUUGCUAUGGUGAAUAACCGGAUUUACUCUGGAAAUCCAGCUUAUUACCUGUAUUAGAUCUAAUCAUAUGAUUUGAAAAAAUUUUGAUCAGAUAGAAAUGGAAUAAAUUCAUAUAAUAGUUAGCUUAAAAAUUCCAUAUUUUAAUAUCCAUUUUGUAGUAGAAACAUUUAAGCAAUGAGAGGAAUGCAUUUAGAGGAAUGCAUUGACUCGAUGUGGAAAAAAAAAAACUUCAAAUGAAAUCCAUAAUUCUCCAGAUAAUUGCUGAUAGGGUGUAGUCUAUAUUAUAUUAGUAGAUACUGUGUGUAUCAUAACUCCCCAGAUAAUUGCUUACAUUUCUGAUAGGGUGUAGUCUAUAUUGUAUUAGUAGAUACUGUGUGUAUCAUAACUCUCCAGAUAAUUGCUUACAUUGCUCAAGGGUGUAGUCUAUAUUGUAUUAGUAGAUACUAAUACUGUGUGUAUCAUAACUCCCCAGAUAAUUGUUUACAUUGCUGAAGGGUGUAGUCUAUAUUGUAUUAGUACAUACUGUGUGUAUCAUAACUCUCCAGAUAAUUGGUUACAUUGCUGAAGGGUGUAGUCUAUAUUGUAUUAGUAGAUACUGUGUGUAUCAUAACUCUCCAGAUAAUUGCUUACAUUGCUGAAGGGUGUAGUCUAUAAUGUAUUUGUAGAUACUGUGUGUAUCAUAACUCUCCAGUGGAUACUAGUCAAAUGAAUGAUCAUAAAUCUAUAACCUUAACCCGGGAAAAUUGAUUGACAACCCUUUUCUCCUCCCCCCCCCCCCAACUUACUCACUAACACCUGUGCAGAGCUGAAUUUUAAAUUUUCACCAAUAUCAAUGAGAAUAAAAUGGUCUACAUGAAGUUGUACAGAUGUCAGGCUUAGCAGGUUUUAUACUGGGCUGUGUGUUGUACAGAUGUCAGGCUUAGCAGGUUUUAUACUGAACUGUGUGUUGUACAGAUGUCAGGCUUAGCAGGUUUUAUACUGAACUGUGUGUCGUACAGAUGUCAGGCUUAGCAGGUUUUAUACUGGGCUGUGUGAUGUACAGAUAUCAGGCUUAGCAGGUUUUAUACUGGGCUGUGUAUGUAUUUUGUGGGAUAAAAACAUAUUCAUUUAAGUUAUUUUAGUAUAUAUACAUAAAGCUAUAAAAGUCCUAUGAAUUGGCCGUGAAGUCCUGCUAUAGAUACAAUUUCAUAAACUUUGGUUUAAAACUGAUGACAUCUAAGAGGUUAUGUUCAAAUUUGUUUAGGUACCCUGUAUUUGAUUUUUGUAAAGGGAAAUAAUUACAUUCAACUAACUAGAAACUUUUGUUCAUAUAUAGUAACAGUCAUAAUUAAGCAUCACAAACAGAGAGUGUUCUUGUGGAAAACUUGUCCUUGGUUAUUUAUCAGUUCUCUCUUUUUUCCUUCCACAGUUCUACAAAGAAUCUCUUGCUAAAUACCUGCACUUUUGAUCCAUUUGUGUUGACUUGAGCCCUCUCUGAGUUUAAUAUGAAGUCUUCAUUUUAUUGACACAUUAAAGUAACCCACAAGAUUUUGACCAGCCAUGGAGAAGGACAAACAAGUAAUUUUAGAGAUUGAUCCCCAAGAAGUGAGGGGUGUGGUUACUGCGGUGAAAGGUGCCAUAGCCGCCCUAUUUUAUGGUGUCUGUUCGGUUACAUCGGCCAUUGUGUCAAAAGCCCUCAUGGACACUUUAGAAUUUGACUUUCCAGUUUUUAUCAUGGUUGCACAGAUGAUUUUUACGAUAACUACUUUGGAAAUACUCUGUUUCUUCAAGAUCCUGGAUCUGCCGCCCUACUCACUAAAGCGGGGACUGUCCUUUGCAGCCCCGGCUAUUUUCUAUGGAACCAAUUCUGUUUUGGCGUUGACCGCUCUAUCCCAUAUGAACAUCGCCAUGUAUGGAGUCCUCAAGCGCUGUGUGCCUCUGUCUACUAUGUUGCUGUCCCUAGUUAUCCUGAAGACUGGGUUGCCCAACAGAGUCACCAUGUAUUCUGUCAUUCUUCUGACCGUGGGAUGCAUUAUUGCAGGUUUGUUAACAUUCAUUUGCUAAUGUCACUUAAAGAUGUGAGGAAAGCAGUUUUGUGUGUGUUAAAACUGCCUUAUAAAAUUACGACUACAUUCACUGUAAGAACAAGAAAAUCAUUAAAAAAUUAUUAGCUUUUGUGCCGAUUCAAUAAGUAUUUCCUAAAGGGAAAAUGUUUGUUCAUGUUCAAAUAACCAACUGAACAGUGUAGAUUGAAAUCAUCUCUAUUAAUUAUAGUUAAUUUUUUUUUUAAUUUAGGGUGUCAGUUUGAAAAACAAAUUUUGAACUUUCAAGUUAGUUACACUCAUCAGAGAAUGCAUAUUUUAGAUUACAGAUAUUUAAACUAGUUUAUAUUAGGUUUUUUAAAUAAAAGUAUAGGUUAACAAUUGCUAAAUUAUUUUUAACACUAAUUAUUCUCUUUGAUGCGUUUAAAAUUUACAAAGUCAUUCUGUUAUGUAAUUCAUGUAAUAGCAAGACAUGGUGGUCGUCGGGGAUUCUUCCUAGUGAAUGUCUGAAUAAUUUUAGAAUUUGAAUGGAAGGGUGAAAAUGAUUCUUCCAAGUUCAAUAAAUACUUGUUGAGAUCUUGUUGAGAUUUAAAUGUUAUUUUUAUCCUUUUACAUUUAAUUUUGUUUUUAUUAAACUUAUUUUUCCAAGGUUCCUAAAAAAAUUAAGUACAGAACAAAAUCAUGAAGUUCUGCUCAUGCAUAAAUCUGCUUUUUCUAAUUUUUUUCUAAUUCUUGUGACAUCCGCAGGCUACGGUGAUUUAGGCUUCAACCUGACAGCUUACAUUUGUGGCAUAGGAAGUAACUUCACUCAGGCCUUGUAUCUUCUGCUGGUGCAGAAAUUUUCAGAACAUCAUGUAUCAGUAGCAGAAACUCUCCAACUCAAUAGUUUCAACACUCUGCCCCUGCUUUUAUUAACAGCCGUACUAAAUGGAGAGAUCACCUCUAUUUCACAGUACAAGCAUUUUGGUGAAUUUAAUUUCCUAGCGAUGUUUUUCUUUUCCAUCAGUGUCGGCAUGAUGCUCAAUUAUUCAUUGUUUCUUUGCACGAGUCUGACUAGUGCGCUGACCACAAGUGUUGUUGGUGGGCUUAAAGCUUUAGUCCAAACCAUUAUAGGCCUCUUCACCUUUGGUGGCAUUUCGCACAACUGGGCAACCUACAUUGGCAUAACGAUGAAUUUAACCGGUGGCAUAGCUUAUAUUUGGGCUCGUUACUCAGAAAACAAAGCACGCCCCAGAACAAGUCUCAAACAUGUGAUGAGUUUCUCGGCAUCGAACAAUGUUGGGGCGGGGCAGAAAAAUGGAUUUACUCAUUCUGGUUCCACACAAGGGGAUAAUUCAUCACAAAAUUAUAAAAAUUCUAUUUCCACAGAUAUACAUAAAUCUUAAUGUUUAUAUUCCUUGAAGCGAUCCAACAUUUGUUUAUAUGUUGUUUUGACUAUACAUUGUAACGACAGAUUAAUUUAUGUUCCAUUUUUGUAUUUGUUGA